UUUGGUCUCGCAUCAUCCGAAAAGAAGAAGCAGCAAAAAGAAGAACUCAAGUGUUCUUACUCACUUGAGUUUCAUUUGUGCGCCUCAAAACAGCUCGUCUCUCUUUAACCCAUUGCUGGCUGGGAUGAGGUCAAGCCUUUUGCAGGAUUAGUGGUAUUUUUAUUUUUGAUUUUAUAUAUUUUUGUCCAUUGAAUGAUGGCAGAAGAAGAAGUCAAUUAUGUGACGGUCAAGUUCAACUCUCACAACUUGGCAAAUGACACCGUGAUCUACGAAGACGUGAGGAGCGAGCUGGAGACGUGGCCACCCCAACGCUCUACCCAAGAGAAGUGUGGCGAUGUGGAAGAGAUCUACGACGACGUGCGGUCCAAGGAGUUACCUUGCAGCGUGCCUCACAUCUUCCAAGAAAAUGCUUCGAAAUUACCGCUCCACACGCCUGUGACAUUGGCUGCUGCUGCUCUGGGCCUCCUUUGUGUCAUCCUCAUGUUUGUCAUCAUCGCGCUCACAGUGCAUCUGAACAGCGUCGUGACCGAACAGCGCCGGCAGACCGUCAACCUGACAGCUCAAAAUGGGCACAUACAGUCCGAGCUGGAGCGACUGCGGGAACGAGCCCGGGAGCUGAGCAGGGAACGAGACCUGCUCAACUGGACCAUGGGCAAGAUUCUCCAGUUUGACAAUUUCCCUGUCAUCGACCACUGCCCACAAAAAGUUUUAAGCCUGUGUCAGCCAUGCACGGACAACUGGCUGCAGUUCGGCUCCAAGUGCUACCUGUUCCAGCACUCCAUUUACUAUAGCCACUGGAGGACCUGGCAGGGAAGCGUUGAUGAUUGCAGGCAGAGGAACGCGCACCUACUGCUCAUCGAAAGCCAGGAAGAACAGGAAUUUGUCACAAACCAUACGGAGUACUACAGUGAUGACAAGCAUGGCUACUGGAUGGGACUCACAGAACUCUCUAACAAGUGGAAGUGGAAUGACGGACGCAACCUCACUCUGGCAUUCUGGAGAAAUGAAAACAACUACCGGUACAUCAAAAACAGCUGCGCUCUGAUAUCAAAGUCGCAGACGUCAAAAUCCCUGGACAACUGGAGCAAAACCAACUGCGACAUGAAGAACAGAUACAUCUGUCAAACCCCUGUUUUCACUAAACGAGAUCUACACUAACAUUUGGCUUUGAAGGUAGUCACGAUAUCUGUGUUGGUCUUAAUAGAAUUCUGAUAAGAAAAUUAUGGGUAGCUCAUGAUAAAGCUCUUAUACAAAUUGUUGCACAGUAGGGAGCUGAUUAGCUAACUUGCUAAACAAUAUCACAUUAGCUCACUGGUUAGCUUCUAAGAUAAGUUGAGAUAAGGCUCUCAAGUUUAUUUUAGUGUAGUUAUAACAUCUUAGCUACUGAGGUAAGCAACCAACUAUAAAACUCAUAGUUCGGACAUAGGGGGCAUUCUGAAAUACGCUCUGAACAUGCACUGCUUCACUCUGACCAUUUACAAACGCAGAGCGAUGUUCAAAUGUAGCAUUCGGUUAUUCAGAGUGCCCCAAAAAUGGAGUGCCGUAGUGCACUAGUCUAGACACUCCAAAUGGAGGCAAGGUGCAUCCAGUGCAUCAGGCAAUACAGAUGCAAAGCGUUAAGCACAUGCUGCAUGUUCAGAACAUGGACUGCACAGAGAUAUUAAUAGGAGGGGAGCAAGCUCUGCCGCUUUGAAAACACAAAAUCUCAAGAAUGAUGUUAGGCCAUCAGAAGGAUAUUCCGAACACACCCUCAGUAACUAACGAGAAUGCCCUUGUUCAGUUGCUAGCUGGUUCGGUCAUUGUUUUGGCUGUGGCUGUUGUGGAAGCGCUAAUUAACAUGUUACUGGUUAGCUCACGAGUCGGGUAGAAAGCAUGGCAAAUUGUGGCUAGCUGGCAAUCGAUAAAGCUCUCAAGCUAAAUCAUGUUCAGUAGUUUUCAAAUUUGGCAGUCAAAACUAGAACAAUAGCCAUCAAACUAUUAAUCACCUAAAAAAAAAUCUAGUUUGGUAGUUUACCAGCUGCGUAACUACAAUGUGUGGCAAGAUAAAGCAAGUUCAUUGUCUUGGUUGGAAAAUUGCCAACUAGACAGUAAAAUAAGUAGCAAACGAGACAGCUUUGCAAACAAAAUCUGACACAGCAGCUAGCUUGUUGGGUCUUAGGUAAAUUUCUUAGUUGGUUGGCUAGUUUGGAUGAACUAGGUAGUUGAAUAAAAAUCCUGGCAGAUUAAAUCUAGCUCAAAAUUUUGCUGGUUAAAUCACAAGCUAAAUUGUAAGCUUGGUAAAUCGUAGCUAUAGGUCUACAGCCAGUUCACACUCACACUAAUCACACAACAGCAAGAGAAUUAAAAACUAAAGAACUGACAAAGUAUGGAACUUAUUUAUUUUGCUAUGAAUUCACCCCACAGUGACCUGCAUUGAUAUUUUUUCUGGAUAAUGAUGUGUAGUAAAAACAAGUAUUUUGCAACCACGUGUUGUGCAACUUUGGAGAAUAAUCAACAUAUGGCCCAACCGCAUCCAGCGUCAUCAAAGGUGGAAACGUUGGGGGGGGCAUUUUAAAGGAUUGCUAGAUUUAUUGUUUCAUCAAAAAUACAAAUGUAGAAGGAUAUAAAACAAAGACUGAAGUCAGAGACAAGGUGUUGUGUAUGUAUUUGUGUGUGUGUUUAUCAACAAAGAUUCUAAGGCACUAUUUUCGACUUCCUCUAUUUCGAGCUUGUUUCGAAUUACACUUUCCGAGAAGUUGAGUUGCAGAACUGCCUUUGCGCCAUGUCCUGUUUAAUUUAACAAAUGUUAAACUAAAAAUAAUCUCAAGGCAUACGUGAGAAUAAACUGUCAAGUAUCCGAUUCCGUCCUUUUUCAACUCUGGGUGCCCACUCUGGAAUAGUCACGAUAAAUACGAUUUACUCAUUUAUCGUAAGUAGACAAGAUAUCCAUUUAAUGUGCGUAUGUCAUAUUGCGUGGCAGAAUAAAUCUCACCAAACUGGCGACUGUGAUUUUUGUGGUCGAUGUUGGGGGCUAAAACA